AUGGACAUUAGGGGCAAAACCACCCUCGUUGAGCAGUGUCGCACAGACAUAGACAAAGAUAUCGCUGCCUCGAACGCCCUUCGCUCCCGCAAGAAUACUCUCGCCUCCAUAUUUUCCCUUCCACCCGAGAUUCUCGUGACUAUCUUCACAUACAUCGUAGAAGAAGAGAAUUCCAAGAUUUAUACAGGCAUACCCCGCCGUGGUGGUGCUCCUACUUCAAUGAUAGUCACACACGUUUGUAGGCACUUGCGCCAAGUUGCCCUCGAGUGCCCGAGUCUUUGGACAUUCAUCGACUGUCUCUCUGCUCCUUGGGUACCCAUCAUGCUUGAGAGGUCGAAGCAAGCUGCUUUGGUUGUCAUAUACAGUGCGCCGCGCGCGCCAGAAUAUUGGCCACUGGUGCAACUUCUUUCGCAGUUGCCUCGGAUCAAAACCCUCAAGUUGUGCACAUUCUCAGUUGAUGUCGAUCGCAUUUUGGACUGCUUAUCGUCGCAGCCCGCCCCGUUACUUCAGAUAUUCAAAUACAGCCUAGUCCUAGAGAGUCACGAUCCGAGAAUUUCCAUCAGGCCCAUAUCAGACACCAUUUUUCAAGGACGCGCCCCCCUACUUCGGAGCGUUGAGCUGGCGGAAUGUGCCUUCAUCUUGACAUCGCACGUUUUUAGCGGGCUUCAAACUCUAUAUUUGAUACAAUUUGACUCUUGUCCUCUUACCCUGUCGCAACUCCUCUCGGCUCUGAGACGUAUGCCUGACUUGGAGCUGCUUAGACUUUCUUGUGACUUGUCGCCCAGAAUUUCUGAGGACACCGUGCUCUUCGACCAAGUUCCGCUCACUCGGUUGAGAUGGAUAGAGUUGAAUGGCGUCUUCCGAACCGCUGUAUCUCUCUUUUCGCAUCUAAUCCUUCCUGUUGAUGCCAAGUUCAUUCUAUUCCUCACAGAAACUGAAAGCCCACAAAGCUUUUCUGAUCUAUUUUCUGCUAUCUACAAAAAUCCUGACGAAUCUUUUCCCAUCAUUCGGUCCCUGCAUGCCCAUCUUCACGAUGAAGUCAGUGUCCAAUUCAGCACGUCAUCGGCGAACAUUUCUAACAGCGAUAUACAAUUCUACAUCUCAUUCGAUUAUGACGACAACCCUGCCAUCAUAUUUGACAUGUGUCGGAUGGUCCUGCAUUGCAAGAUCCAAACCUUGUCUAUAUCAACCCUCUAUGAUCUCUCGCAAGAUUUCUGGUGCGCGGGGUCCGCCCACCUUCCGGAACUCAAAAGUAUCAUUCUGAGCUCGGUACCCAUUGAAGGCUUUAUCCUUGCGUUCAUGACUGUAGGCGCGUCUAUAGCCUACCCUUUACUCCGUACUCUGGAUCUUGAGUAUGUCAAUUUCGGAUGCGAUGAACCCGAAGAUCUUCGGGAGAUUGCUAGAAUGCGAGCCAAAGGUGGUGUUGGCAUACAGAAACUCAGAAUAAUGGGCUGCAGGAAUGUGACGGAAAUAGAUGUGCAGCUCCUUGAGGGAGUGAUUGCAGAUGUUGAUUGGGAUCAUUGGGUAUGGCCCGGGAAGAGUUGA